AUGGCGUUCCUGCUGCACUGCAUUCCCUUUCAGAGAGUGCUGAGCACUCUAGCAAGUCCUGCAUGGACUGAGGGUCGUGGCUGCUGGGGUUUUACCUGGAACUGGUUGGGCAGAUCAGAAAAACUCCCCAACUGGACAAUCAACAGGAAGUGGUCUGACCCCAACUGGACAAUCAACAGGAAGAGGUCUGACCCCAACUGGACAAUCAACAGGCAGUGGUCUCACCCCAACUGGAAAAUCAACAGGAAGUUGUCUGACCCCAACUGGACAAUCAACAGGGAGUUGUCUGACCCCAACUGGACAAUCAACAGGAAGAGGUCUCACCCCAACUGGACAAUCAACAGGAAGAGGUCUGACCCCAACUGGACAAUCAACAGGAAGAGGUCUGACCACCAAUGGUUGGACACCCUGCCAUUAUUACAUUACACAGCUGAGCAGCAUGCUGGGUAG